AUGGCUUCACGGAAGACGGACACUGUUACCCACAAGCGUCUCAACGAUCCAGGGCUUGCAUCAGCCUUGAAGUUCUUUUGUCGGAGAGCCGCUAUUCCAUUGACGCAAGUCAUACUGGAAAAGACAAACAUGCAAGGAGUGUCAUCAUCUAUUGCUGUAGUCUUUUCUUUUUUGCAGACGCGGGCCUGUUUUGAGGCCUUUCAGCUUCCACGAUACGAGAGAAGUACCCCGAGAGACCGAGAAACACGCAUGACUCGUCAACUAGGCAUUGAUAUGUCAGAUGGAACUUACAAAGCACAAAUCACUUGA